UUAGUUGUGCCUCCAACUUGCAGAAUAAAGCAGUCAGUCGACAACUUGUGAUGAACUCAAUGGCCACGGAAUGAAAUGACGUCCAAGGACUGGAUUCAUUUUACUUUAGUAUUCUAAUUCCAGUUAAUGUCCUGGCAUUCUUUUGUGCAGUCGUAUCGUACCUAAUGUCGAGUCUUUAAAGUAGGUGAAAAAGUCACCUCGCAGCACCCUUGCGAUCACACUCGCCGAGCAACUGCAGGGGGAUUAAAUGAAAGCACAUGAUGUAGCCACCAUGUGAUCAGUCGGACAAUCGGGUGAAGCGGACUCCUUUUUUUUUUUUUUACUUUCUGCCCCCUUUUCCUUCUUCGUGCCUGUUUGAAGGAAGCCGGGGCCGCCUGUGUGGGUUUCCGAGUCCGUCAUGGCGUCACCGCGGCUGGAGACGUUCUGCUGCUCGAACCGGGACGCGGCCACCGAGCUGGUGGUCACCUUCCAGCCGUUGCUGUUCGGAAUCGUGACGGUGGCCAGCGCGGCCACGAGCGUUCUGUUGACCGUGCUGCAGCUCCUGCCCAAGAAGAAAGGCUACAGGAGGCUCGGCCACUACCCGCUGCCCAGACCCGCGUCUUCAUCGCGGAUACUCUUCAUCAUCAGCCUGUGUGACAUUUUGGGAUGCACGGGCAUCAUUUUGAGGUCUUCUCUGUGGGUGGGCCUACCCAACACGGUGGAACAGAUCUCCGAGGCCAACAGCACCGAACUUUGGCCGGACGUCUUUUGCCUCGGCAGUGCGAUGUGGAUCCAAUUGUUCUACAGCGCUUCGUUCUGGUGGACGUUUUGCUACGCUGUCGACGUCUUCCUGGUGGUCAAGACAUCUGCUGGAAUUAGCACCAUUAUCCUGUACCACAUGAUCACAUGGGGUCUGGCUUUGCUGCUGUGUAUUGAGGGCGUGGCCAUGCUCUACUACCCCUCCAUUUCCAACUGUGAACAAGGCUUCCAGCACGCUAUCCCUCACUACGUCACCACGUACGCACCCAUGCUAUUGGUCUUCAUAGCCAACCCAAUCUUCUUCAACCGGACCGCAUCCGCAGUGACAUCGUUGCUAAAAGGACGUCAAGGAAUCUACACAGAAAACGAGCGGCGGCUGGCUAGCGCCAUAAAAAUACGAUUCUUUAAAAUCAUGCUGGUGUUCUUUAUAUGCUGGAUUCCCAACAUCAUCAACGAGUGCCUCCUCUUCUACCUGGAGAUGCAGGGGAACAUCGAUGACAGCACCCUCAGGAAUAUCAGAAAUGCUGCCCUCAUCACGUGGUUUAUUAUGGGGAUACUGAACCCCAUGCAGGCCUUCCUCAACACGCUGGCCUUUCACGGCUGGACGGGUUUCGACGUGGACGUGAGCCCGCGCGGGCGGCGGGAAAUGGCCUGGGAGUCGGCCUCCACCUCAGUGGCCAACCCAGAGAGGCACAACACCAUGGUGGGCACGGCCCUGCUCUACCAGAGUCACGUGCAGGAGGCCAAGAAAAACAUGAAUGGCAACGGGCAGCUGCCGUCCGACGCCAUCAGCGUCCUCUCAGAAGGUUCAGAAUCUAGCACAGUUGAAAUCCACAUAUCCAGCGAACUCCCAGACUAUGGCGAUAUAGAUGCUGAUGAAGAAUCCUUGGGGACGUCAGGGAAGCACUAGCCAACAUCCCUUCGUACUUAACUAUUGCUGGUAAAAAUAAAAAAAAAACACAAAAAAGGGGGGAAAAACUGUAGAACUCUUUAGUCUGUAGACACAUCUCAUUUUCUAAUUCCCUUGUGUGGCAAAAUGUGUUUUGUGAUGUGACGUGACUAUAUUGCCCCUCCCAAUCUUGUAUUUUUGCACUUUUAUUAUUAAAUAUCAAUCCUAGUUCUUACUUUUCUAGUGGUGACUAAAGUUUGUUGUGCAAAGGCAUGGCCAAGUUCUAAUGGUACCAUGUUGGUAUUUUUUACAAUUCUUUUUUGACAUUCUAAUAUAAAAAAAAAUUACAAUAAUAUUAGAAUGUUGAAAUGUAAAUGUCACAGGGACAUUUGAACCCUUUCAUGCACCCUGUAUUCUGAUAAAAUGAUACACUGUCCACUGGAGUAACCGCUGUCCCCGAAAGGGUUAAACUACACUGUAAAAAAAAAAAAAAAAAAGUUGCAGUGAACUCAAAAUGUUAAGGCAACAAACUUUACAAUUGUAAGUGGGGCAAUUCAAAAAGAUAUUUUAAGUUUUGAUCAUGUGAAAAUUGGUUUUCUCACAUCAUUGUGCCGACACUGUGCCAUAAAUGUCAAUAAUUUAUCUUCUAAAGUUGUUCCAAUUUAAAUGAUAAGAUUAGGACUAAAAUAAUACAAGUUAAGUUUUGCAGUGUAUGAAUGAAGUCUAAUACAGCAAAAUAAAGAAAAUAAAUAUUUGAAUCAUGGUAAAAUUAUCAAAUAAACAUUGUGAGAAUAAAAGGAGAAAAAAAACCUUUGCAUGAACAAAAAUAUACAAGAAUAAAAACAAUUGUUUUUACAAUGUUUCAAGGAGUGAAAAAAGUCAAAUUGCCAGACAAACCAAUUUCAUUUUUGAAUUGUCGUGAAGAUAAAAUUGUAGUCUGCAAGAAAAACUUGAUUUUCGAGAAAUAUGCAAUUGUAUAAAGUGGAAAGAAAUCAUGAGUUCCGACGUUCCUGUGAAGUGAAAAUGAAUGCAUUUUUACAUACCACAGAUAAAUGCUGUUAACCUGCCAAAUUUGGAAGGAAAAUAUUUUACAAAGAUCAACUUUAUAAAAUGAGGCUUGAAAAUGGU